AUGAAGCAGCACUUUCUUACUACUAUCCUGCUCGCCGUGUGCCUGCUCACCGGCCCAACCCUUGCCCAGAUCGGGGUGGGCAUCGGAGGCAUCGGAGUUACCGUCCUUGGAUCUUCCUCCAUCAUUGGUGUAACCGUGGCCACGACGGUAGCGGCGGGAGCGACUACCACCGUUGCGCCAGUAGUCACUGUUGCGCCAACCACUACCGUAGCGCCAACCACUGUCGCUGGGUCAGCCACUACCGCAUCUGGCACAGCGGGUAAUACCGUUGUCUUCAAUAUCAAUGGAAGUAUUGUAACCGUUGCUUCAUCCGAUCAAGCUACGAUCGCCGCUAUUGUUGCAGCCUUGUCUGCUACUACUACUACCGUAGCAGCAACCACCACUACCGCGGCCGCUACGACCACUACGGCUGCCGCAACUACUACCACCGCUGCUGCCACGACUGCCGCCACCACGGCUGCUGCUACUACCACUACCGCAGCCGCCACCACCACCACCGCUGCCGCAACUACUGCGGCCACCACUGCGGCAACUACUACAACCACUGCCGCUGCUGCCACCACAACCGCCGCUACCUCCAUCACGAUAACGGUCACCAUCAAUGGACAAACGACAACCAUUACCUCGACCAAUCCCAACCUACUGUCGAUUCUCACCACACUUUUGAACAACCUGUCCACGACGACCGUCGCUGCAACCACCACUACUGCAGCUAGUGCCGCCGGAACCACAACAGCUGCUCCAGUCGUCAUUGGUGGCGGCUGUAGAGGACACCGCCACCACAGCGGCGAAUUCGGAAUCGGUUUUGGUGCGCGUCUUGGCGGACCCAUCGGCUUUGGGGUCGGUAUCGGAGCUGGAAUUCGCGGACCCGGACUUCUUCGUCCAGUCGUCGGUGCUGUAGCCAACACGGCAGGAAAUGUAAUCGGUACAGCCGUUAAUACUGCUGGCAGAAUUGUAGGAUCAGGACUUAACCUCGCUACCGGUCUCGUCGGUGGUGUGGCCAACGCGGCUGGUGGCGUGCUUGGCGGAAUAGGCAGCGCUCUCGGUGGUAUCGGCACGGGACUGCAAGCUGCCGCUGGCGGCGCGCUUAACGGUGGAUUACGUACCGGAGUAAACGCUGGAAUCGCCCCGCGCGUUGGUUUUGGUGCUGGAAUCAAUGGAGGCUUGGCAUCGCGAGGUGCCCUUGGCAGUGGAAUCGGUAUCGGUGCCCGUUUCGGUGUUGGCUUCAACGGAUAA